AUGCCAACUCUUCAACCAUCUCGCACGAACUUGCGCGUCUGCACCGGAGACACCUCUUGCCGAAAUUACGACACAGCGUAUGCUCUCAAGUCAGCUGCAAAUAUGAUGGAAUUCUCGCAAAUCGCGUGCGAAAUCUGCCGCACCAAAAAGCGCAAGUGUGAUCGCAAGAUUCCAACAUGUUCGCAAUGCAUCCACGCCGGCCAGACCUGCACAUAUCCAGGCACAAGCAAGAGAGGUCUUCCAUCCGGCUACAUCGCAAGCAUCGAAGAUAGACUAGCUCAAACAGAAGCCGCACUACUACAAGCACUUUCCACAAUCCACGGAUCUCAGGUAGAAUCUAGAUCGCCUCCAGCUAUACCCGAAAAGCCUAGAGAUAUGGAGUUCAACGAAGUACGAAUUGCCAAAGUCGAAGAAUGGCAAAAGUAUCCUUUGGACACGGAGGAACACCAGCGGAACUGGAUGCAGUAUAAACUCGCCACAAACCCUGGAUCAAGUGCGUUGACAAUAUUGAACACUCAAGAAGGUCAUGCUGGUCAAGCUAGUGACAAGCAACAGUCACAGAGCCACCAGAAGUCUGACGCGGCACGGAAACGACAGAAGAUCGCAAAUGAGUCGCCACAAAACAGACAGCUUCCGCAAGGCCACAGGUCGGAUUUCGCAUCUGAAGCACUGCCGCUCACAGGAGCACAAGCUUUGCAGGGAGGAAGCGAGUGGACGACAAACGCGCCUCAAGGUAGGCCUCUUGAUCCUGAUCAUGGGUUCGCUACAUCGAUUCCUUCGGCACAAGGCACUACGACUCGAUCGACAGACUCGCAUCGUGCCUCAAAUCCGCGUUCAAUGCCCACACCGAUUCGAUCUAAUGGCGUGGAAGCACUUCCUGAUUCCGAUCAAAACACCAGCAAAGCUAAGAGGCUUAGCACUUUGCACUCACGGAAGUACUUCUAA